AAGAAUUGGGGUGCAGCAGGGUUUCCGAAAUGCACGCCCCACUUGCAUUGCACUCUUCCAGCUGCGCGAACUCCUCCGGGUUUCUUAUUCUUUCUUUCUUUUUUCUUUAAAGAAUAUUAGCCCGUUCGCUCCAAAUGCUUGCCCGCUGUAGAAAAAUUUCUGUAAGGCAACUUUUCCAGAAAGAAACCCGGGAGGGGCGCAUUUGCAUUGGCAGAACAGGCUUCUUAAUGGAAGGUGGUUGGAAAUGCUGCGUUUCCCUGGGGCAGGACUGACGCGGACUUCUGCACUGCCCGCAGCGGGUCAACGCGACGCCUUAACUGCGCGCGACCUGGAACUGGGUCCUGGAGUCACAGCCAAAUCAUCCUUCUUGCCACCGGAACUCUCAGGCUCCAAGCGUCUGGUGACCCUGGCCCGGGGACUUUCGCCCGCCUUUCUGCGCUUCGGGGGCAAAAGGACCGACUUCCUGCACUUCCAGAACUUGAGGAACCCGGCGAAAAGCCGCGGGGGCCCGGGCCCGGAUUACUAUCUCAAAAACUAUGAGGAUGACAUUGUUCGAAGUGAUGUUGCCUUGGAUAAACAGAAAGGUUGCAAAAUUGCUCAGCACCCUGAUAUCAUGCUGGAGCUCCAGAGAGAGAAGGCAGCUCAGAUGCAUCUAGUUCUUCUAAAGGAGCAAUUCUCCAAUACUUACAGUAAUCUCAUAUUAACAGCCAGGUCUCUAGACAAACUUUAUAACUUUGCUGAUUGCUCUGGACUCCACCUGAUAUUUGCUCUAAAUGCACUGCGUCGUAAUCCCAAUAACUCCUGGAACAGUUCUAGUGCCCUGAGUCUGUUGAAGUACAGCGCCAGCAAAAAGUACAACAUUUCUUGGGAACUGGGUAAUGAGCCAAAUAACUAUCGGACCAUGCAUGGCCGGGCUGUGAAUGGCAGCCAGUUGGGAAAAGAUUAUAUCCAGCUGAAGAGCCUCUUGCAACCCAUCCGGAUUUAUUCCAGAGCCAGCUUAUAUGGCCCUAAUAUUGGGCGUCCAAGGAAGAACGUCAUUGCUCUCCUAGAUGGAUUCAUGAAGGUGGCAGGAAGCACUGUGGAUGCAGUUACCUGGCAACAUUGCUACAUUGAUGGCCGGGUGGUCAAGGUGAUGGACUUCCUGAAAACUCGCCUGUUAGACACACUCUCUGACCAGAUUAGGAAAAUUCAGAAAGUGGUUAAUACAUACACUCCAGGAAAGAAGAUCUGGCUUGAAGGUGUGGUGACUACCUCAGCUGGAGGCACAAACAAUCUGUCAGAUUCCUAUGCUGCAGGAUUCUUAUGGCUCAACACUUUAGGAAUGCUGGCCAAUCAAGGCAUUGAUGUUGUGAUACGACACUCAUUUUUUGACCAUGGAUACAAUCAUCUGGUGGACCAGAAUUUUAACCCACUGCCAGACUACUGGCUCUCUCUCCUUUACAAGCGCCUGAUCGGCCCCAAAGUCUUGGCCGUGCAUGUGGCUGGGCUCCAGCGGAAGCCAAGGCCAGGCCGAGUGAUCCGGGACAAACUAAGGAUUUAUGCUCACUGCACAAACCACCACAACCACAACUAUGUUCGUGGCUCCAUUACACUGUUUAUUAUCAACCUGCAUCGAUCAAGAAAGAAAAUCAAACUGGCUGGAACUCUCAGGGACAAGCUCGUGCACCAGUAUCUGCUGCAGCCCUACGGGCAGGAGGGCCUGAAGUCCAAAUCAGUGCAGCUGAACGGCCAGCCCUUAGUGAUGGUGGACGACGGGACCCUCCCAGAAUUGAAACCCCGCCCACUGAGGGCCGGCCGGACAUUGGUCAUCCCUCCAGUCACCAUGGGCUUUUAUGUGGUCAAGAACGUCAACGCUUUGGCCUGCCGCUACCGAUAAACCGCCCUCCACUCAGGAGCUGCUGGUGGGCCCGCUGGACUGCUUUCUCCCUUCUACCCUAAUAUCCUUGUUUUUCAAGACAUCUUCUUAGCAAGAUGCCUCUGCUGCCCCAUCCUGCUGGAAUCAACAUAGACUUUUCUCUCCAAAGAGACUAAAGAUCAUAGUACGAGCUUAGCCUAGGUAGGUAGCAUCCAUCCUUAAGGAAAGCGUAGACAAUAUCUGUACCCCUGUAAGAACAAAGGUUGUGCCUAGAGCUGUGUGUUUCCAUUUACAUGCACCAUGAAAGCAGACCGACAGCACUCUCCCAGGACAAACGUUUCCAGACAACUCCCCAUGAGUCUGGUCAGACAGCAGCAUAACUGCAAACCUGAAGCUUAGCCUGUUGCUGCUGCCCUCAGCAGAUGAGGAAGGAAAAAACUGGGAGGACCUGCAAGAACCCAAUCCUCCUCUAACCCCUUCUAUGUUGUCUGUUUCCUGCUGCUGCCCUGGGCUUCCUGACACCUCUCUUCCCAUAGGAGAGCACAUGGGUGGGGCAGCUCUGGCCUUCCGGCGAGCUGUCUGUGUAAUUUCCUGGCUGAUGUAUGAGUGUGUGCAUCUGGGUUUCUGGCAGUGGCAUCCAUCACUGGCUAGUCCUCUGGGAAGCGGGUGCUUCAAAAGUAGAAUUACAAUCACACUCCGGAUUUUGUAAGAAGGUUCUUUCUAUUCCUCUGUGGAUCCAGAUUCCCCCAGGCUUGGAACGGGAGUCAGGUAACAAUAUCCAAUGAGUGGAAAGCAGAGGAUCAGGCACCACGAAAAGCAAUCAUCAUCCUUCAUGUUGCCAGGAGGGAGAGAGUUGUAGUGCAAAGAGAAAGCCCAAGGAGACCUCACACGCACCCUGGCUGAGCAAAGCAAAUUAGACCUGAGGACAUGCAGGGCCUGAGAGGGUAAGCCCUUAGUCGUUUGGUUGACCAAAAACCAUUCAGAUGGUGUGAAUCAAAGCUUACACUGUAAAAUACCACUGAACGUAGCCUUUCUGCCUCUUGCUACAUAGAACUGCCUCUCCAUGGCACUGGCUAGGCAGAAAUCUCAGCUAAUCUAGUCACUAAUGAUGACCAAGUGCAUCCUAUCCCAGACCAGCUUAUUUGAGCUUAGAACAAAACUUUGAGUUUGCCACAUGGGAGGAGAACAGGUGAGCUGGAUACAGGUCUGAUGGCAACACUGUGGAAUAUAGGUGGGAAGCUUCGGAGUGAAGUGAUACAAAGUCAUGGUGAGGACCACUAUAUGAUUCAGGAGGCAUGUGAGCCUUUGCAAAAAGUUGCAGCUGCCAAUGACUUUUUUUUUUAAUGUGAAUGUGAUUGUCCUCAGCAUAAAUGACAUAAAUGAUGCUUCUUUUAAAGGAGAAGAUACUCGAUGCUAUCUUAGGGUGUUGACAUACCUUACUAUCACAAUAGCAGCCUCUGCUAUUGUGAACGGCUAGAAAUGGGUGAGGAUGGGGUUGCUGAGGCAGCACCAGGGAGGCUGCCUAAGAGGCCCAAGGAGUGAAGAUUUGGACCACGUCUUCAAAGUGAGAGACAGGAGGAAAAUUAGACAAGCAAGGAGGUAGUGAAUUCUCAGCUUGGAGAACCAAGGUUUUGGGAAACUCCAAAAGCCCACUAGCUAAUUUUAUGUAGGAAAGUAGUGGACUUGUUUUGAGCUGCUUAUUAUUAGGCAUGGGAAAACAGCACACAGGUGUACUAGAGGGAGAAAGAAAGGGAGAGGCCAAGGAUGCACUGGAGGUGCUGAGUGCAGAGCUCAGCGAGGAAACAUCUGGAGAGACAAGAGCAGACUCAGAGACUGCCCGCUGCCACGAAGCUCCCCAGGGGGCCUCCCUUAGCAGGAACAGGUACCUCCUGCUGAAGCUUCAGUUCUGAGAGGACAGGACAGAGAAGUGCCAAGGCUAGGGGUAGGGAGGAGAAAGAAGAGACAGAUGGAUAGGCCAAAGUGAGGAAGAGCAAGGAAAGGAGAAAUGAGACAAAAAGAUUGUUUCCCCAAACUCAGUGAAGACAUCAGAAUCUCUUCUAGAUGCCAGUGCAGAUGCAGAAUCAGGGCUCUCGGAUAACAACAAGGUAACUACAAGUUCCUAAUAGCCAGACCCUGGACUAGUUUGCUUUGUAUAUAUAAAGCCCCAAGAUGGAGUUACUGUUGUCAUCCCCAUUUUUCCUGAGGUCGUUAGCUAGCCCAGGGUCACCCAGGGGAAUGGUUGCUGAUUCAGAGCCUGUCUGCUUCACCAGCAAGCUCAGUGGUACCCAAGUCACAGACUCACCCCUUCAACUCCUGUAUGUUCUGCUCACUCAGUACAGCCAGGACUUUCAGAGCUCCAUUCAAACACACUUGCUGUAAAUAAGUGUUGAUUCUUCACUAAGCCUUGCAGAAUAUAGGUAAUUCCUGCUUCUUUUGUCUUUCUCUGUAUAUUAAAUGCUGCACCCAACCAG